AUGGUGAACAAUUUCUCCCAAGCUGAGCCUGUGGAGCUGUGUCACGAGAACGUGAACGGAUCCUGCAUUUAAACUCCUUACUCACCACGUCCUCGAGCUAUCCUCUAUGCUGUCCUUGGUUUUGGGGCUGUGCUGGCAGUGUUUGGAAACUUACUGGUCAUGAUUGCUAUCCUCCACUUCAAACAACUGCACACACCUACAAAUUUUCUGAUCGCGUCGCGCUGUGCUGACUUCUUGGUGGGAGUCACUGUGAUGCUCUUCAGCACAGUGAGGUCUGUGGAGAGCUGUUGGUACUUUGGGGACAGUUACUGUAAAUUCCAUACAUGUUUUGACACAUCCUUCUGUUUUGCUUCUUUAUUUCAUUUAUGCUGUAUCUCUGGUGAUAGAUACAUUGCUGUUACUGAUCCUCUGAGCUAUCCAACCAAGUUUACUGUGUCAGUUUCAGGGAUAUGCAUUGUUCUUUCCUGGUUCUUUUCUGUCACAUACAGCUUUUCGAUCUUUUACACUCAGGCCAACGAAGAAGGAAUUGAGGAAUUAGUAGUUGCUCUCACCUGUGUAAGAGGUUGUCAGGCUCCACUGAAUCAAAACUGGGUCCUACUUUGUUUUCUUCUAUUUUUUAUACCGACUGUCGCCAUGGUGUUUAUAUAUAGUAAGAUAUUUUUGGUGGCCAAGCAUCAGGCUAGGAAGAUAGAAAGUACAACCAGCCAAGCUCAGUCCUCCUCAAAGAGUUACAAGGAAAGAGUAGCAAAAAGAGAGAGAAAGGCUGCCAGAACCUUGGGAAUUGCUAUGGCAGCAUUUCUCGUCGCUUGGCUACCAUAUGUCAUUGAUGCAGUGAUUGAUGCUUAUAUGAAUUUUAUAACUCCUCCUUAUGUUUAUGAGAUUUUAGUUUGGUGUGUUUAUUAUAAUUUAGCUAUGAACCCCUUGAUAUAUGCUUUCUUUUACCCAUGGUUUCGGAAGGCAAUAAAACUUACUGUAAGCGGCAAGGUCUUAAGGAGUGAUUCGUCAACAACUAAUUUAUUUUCUGAAGAAGUAGAGACAGAUUAA